AUGGACUCGAUGUCAUUGAAUUUCACUGAGCUCAUCAACAGUGAAACAAACCGCAAUGAACCUCCUCUGACAUAUGAUUUCCCGUCGAGUCAAUAUCACACCAAUGGUUCUACUUGUGCUCCUAUACCAUUUGAAGAUUGCACUUAUGAAGAGACACUUACUAAUGAAGAUUGCACUAAUAAAGAGACAACUUGUGCACCUGGCAGCAAGAAAGCACAAAGACAAGCUAACUUCACGGUCGAAGAAGACAAACUUCUUAUAUCUGCAUGGCUCAAUGUUAGCAUAGACCAAGUGAAAGGAGCUGAUCAAAAGAAAAAACAAUUUUGGAAAAGAAUUACUAAAUACUUUGAAGAUAACAAGAAGUGGUCUGGUGAACGGAGUGAAAAGUCAUUAACGAACCGUUGGUCAAAAAUCAAUACUACUGUGAGUAAGUUUUAUGGGCAUCAUUCUCAAAUUGAACACUUACAGAAAAGUGAUUACACGGAACAAGAUAAGAUAGUGGAGGCAAAAGAGAUGUUCCAGAAAAAGGAAGGUCAUACAUUUGUACUUGACCAUUGUUGGGCUAUUAUGAGGUUCCAGCAAAAAUGGAUGGACGAACAUCAAAAAAUCAAUGCCAAGAGAAAGUUCAAGGCUCCUGAUUCAAUCAAUUUAGAAGAUGAUGAUGUAGAAGGCCCUGAACCUGCACCCUUGCAGAGGCCAAUUGGGAGAAAGGCUGCAAAGGAAGUGAUCAAAAAGGCAAAAUCCAAAGAACAGGUUAGUGAAAAUGAGACACCUUCGAAAAGUACUUCUAAGUUGGAAGAGUUUAUGGCAAAAAAAUUAGAAAGUGAACGCAUAAGGGCGGAACAAUUUAAGUUGCUACUUGAUACUGAGCAAAAGCAAGUUGCUCUUAGAGAAAAGGAAAUUGAAAUUCAGCUUCGAAGUGAGGAUGCUAAAAUAAUGGCCAUGGAUACUAGUGUCAUGCCUCCAAUUCAGGCAGAAUACUUUAUCGGUCUUCAGAAGGAAAUCUUGGCAAAAAGAGCUAGCGGCGGUGGAAAUCAAGUGUUUCUUUCUGAAUGUACAAUAAGAUAAGAUUAGCUUCAGUACAAUUAG